AUGACACAAUUUUCUGAAGAAUAUGAUUUAAUUGAUCGUCAACAACAAGUUGAUAAAACAAAUCUUGAACAAGAACAAAUAAGUCAAAAAGAUCAUAUGGCAAGAAUAAAACAAACAGUUUUAUGUUUUGAAGAAUUAAAUGGAAAAAUUGAUAAAUUGGAAUUUAAUGAAAAACAAACAAAUGUUCAAUUACUUGAAAAAGAUGUUUCUCAAGGUCGAAAACGUUGUGCUGAACUUGAAGAAGAACUUGAUCAAGUUAAUAAAGAAAUUGGUGAAAGUUUCGAUCUGAUCGAAAUGAAACAAUAUGGUCGCUUGAUUGAUUUAUGUGAACCAAAUCAUAAACGUUGUCAAUUGGCAAUAACAAAAGUUCUUGGUCGUAAUAUGGAUUCAAUUGUUGUUGGACAUGAAACAACAGUUCAAUCAUAUUUACAUUAUAUGAAAGAACAUCGUUAUGAACCUGAAAGAUUUUUACCACUUGAUUAUAUUAAAGUAACACUAGUUAAUGAACAACUUCAUGAAUUACAAGAACCAAAAAAUGUUAAACAUGUUCUUGAUGUUAUUAAAUAUGAUAAACAAUAUUAUAAAGCAUUACUUUAUGCAUGUGGUAAUGCACUUGUUUGUGAUAAUGAUGAAGAUACUCGUAAAUUUGCAUAUGAAAGUGAAAGUCAAAAAAAUAAAGUUGUUUCAUUAAAUGGAACAUUAUUUAGUAAAUCAGAUAUUAUUUCUGGUGGAUCAAGUGAAUUAAAAGCUCGGCCUAAGCGAUGGGAUGAAAAACAUCUUGAUGCAUUGCGCUUACGUAAAGAUAAAUUAUUUGAUGAAUAUAAAGAACAACAAAAGAAAAAAACAACAUGA